AGCAUAGUUAUUGAACCAUGCACACGUGUUUACACAAAUGAAAAUAAAUACAUUUAUGUACGAAUUUUAACACGUUCAGUCAUUUUGUAGUGAGUGAUUAUUUUAUGUGUGAAAUGGUGCCUUUAAAAUUUCAGUUUUUACAGCUAUUAAUUAUGUUUCACUUUAGUUACGGUGCUCCACGAAAGCUUCUGUUAUCAGUCUACUAUGAGAGUAACUGCCCAGAUAGCAAAUCUUUUAUACUGAACCAGUUACAACCAGCCUACUAUCUGCUGCAUGAAUAUGUGAAGCUAAAGUUUAUACCAUUUGGGAAAUCACGGAGUAUUAGCUAUGGCGAUGAGGGAUUUGAAUGUCAGCAUGGAUCUGCAGAAUGUUUAGGCAAUAUGGUUCAAGACUGCGCUUUAGACCAAUUAAAGAAGGAAAGUGAUAAAAAGAAACUGGCCUAUGUUGCAUGUGAGAUGCACUCUGAAGCUGGUUCUCAGGGACAAUUUGACUGUGUAGAGAAGUCAAGUCUAUCAUCUGAACAAGUGGAACAGUGUGUCACGUCAGGUCAAGGGACAAUAUUGCAACUCGAAUCUGAAUACUUUACUAGUUUAUUAAAUCUAACAUUUGUUCCAACAGUCACGAUUGAUGGGGAAUUCAACCAGGAGAUACAGGACUACGCCCAAGUAGAUCUGAUUGGCACCCUUUGCUCAAUACUGACAGACUCUCAACCAUGCGCGCAGUACUACAACUAUUUAGCCUUGAACAACCUUUUAAAUACACAAACUCGAAAUAUACAUUAAGAUAAAAAUA